AUGACCAAGCCAGAUAUCAGAAUUGACGAUUCUAACACCAUCACCUCGUACAAAUCGGCGACCCAUUUAGUGAUGCUACCAUGUCAUGCCAUUUACAAAGGGUCAGGAAAUGGUAAAUCUUUCAAACAUUGGUACAUGGAAGAGUUUCAGAAGGAAGGUAAUGAUAACAUUGCAUGGAUGAAGCAGAUUGAAACGUGUUUAGAUAUCUUGACAAAUAAUAAAGAUGCCAUAGUAAUCAUCAGUGGGGGAAAAACUAAGAAAGUCGGGAACAUUUCGGAAUCCUUCAGUUACCUCAACCUAAUUAUGCAAAAUAAAUCCUAUUAUGAGGAGAAAUACCUAGAUUUGGAAGGGUUGAUUGACAGGAUAUACUUAGAAGAAUACGCCAGGGAUUCUUUAGAUAACAUGUUGUACAGUCUCUAUCGAUUUAAAGAGAUUUGUGGGAGAUUUCCUGAUCAAACAACGAUCGUUGGGUACGAAUUCAAAAGGGAUAGAUUUGUGGAAUAUCAUGCCAAAGCGGUAGGAUAUAAUGAUCCCAGUAAAGUGAAAUAUGUUGGAAUAGACCCAUGUCCGGACUAUCCAAGAGAAUCGCCAGAGUUCAAGAAAUUUUACAGUGAUUUGCAGGUGGCAGAAUGGGAACAUGCUGUCAAGCACUUCCAAAUUGACCCAUUGGCGAAUGAUCCUGAUGGGGUGUUGGUGGCAAAGAAGCGGAAGAGGAACCCUUACAACACCAGGGCUCCGUACCAUAUUAUUAUGUAA